AUGGCGAUGGCCGCCGCCGGCCGGUGCCUCCACCUCCACCGCCCCUCCCCGCUCCGCCUCCGCGUCCUCCGCGCCGCCCUCUCCACCGCCGCGCCCCCGCCCCCCUCCCCGGCCCCCGCGGCCCCGCCCCGGCACGAGCUCCUCCUCGAGCGCCUCCGCCUGCGCCACCUCAAGGACUCCUCCCCCGCCCCCUCGAAGCCGCUCCGGGACAGGGCCAGGGGCCCGCAGCACCACCACCAGAGGACCGUCGAGGCGGAGACCUUCGCGGAGCUCGGGCUCGAGGACCAGGUGCUCGCCGCCAUGCGGGAGGCCGGCAUCUCCAAGCCCACCGAGAUCCAGUGCCUCGCCGUGCCCGCCAUCCUCGACGGCACCAGCGUCGUGCUCGGCUCCCACACCGGCUCCGGCAAGACGCUCGCCUACCUGCUCCCUCUCGUUCAGCUCCUGCGUCAUGAUGAAGCGACAUUGGGUAUGUCAAUGAAACCAAGGCGACCGAGAGCAGUGGUCUUGUGUCCAACAAGGGAGUUGACCGAGCAGGUCUUUCGUGUUGCAAAAUCCAUAAGUCAUCAUGCCCGUUUUCGUUCAACGAUGGUUAGCGGAGGCACUCGUCUAAAACCACAGGAAGAUUCGUUGAACAUGCCUGUUGACAUGGUCGUGGGAACACCUGGGAGGAUCCUCGAUCAUAUUAAGGAGGGUAAUAUCGUUUACGGUGACAUUAAGUAUCUGAUUCUAGAUGAGGCAGAUACAAUGUUUGAUCAAGGCUUUGGAGAAGACUUACGGAAGUUUCUUGCUCCUUUGAAGAAUCGUGCUUCAAAGCCUGGCGAUCAAGGUUUCCAAACCGUAUUAGUGUCCGCUACCAUGACUAAGGGAGUGCAAAAGCUGAUUGAUGAGGAAUUCGAAGGCAUUGUUCAUUUGCGGACAUCAACCUUUCAAAAGAGAAUUGCAACUGCACGACAUGACUUCAUGAAACUUUCUGGUUCAGAGAACAAACUUGAGGCUCUCCUGCAGGUUCUUGUGCCAAGCUUAGCAAAGGGAAACAAAGUUAUGGUUUUCUGCAACACUAUGAAUUCAAGUCGUGCAGUGGACCAUUUUCUAACUGAGAAUCAGAUAUCUACUGUGAAUUACCAUGGAGAGGUUCCUGCUGAAGAGAGAGUUGAGAACCUGAAGAAGUUCCGGAAUGAAGAGGGGGAUUGCCCAACACUGGUCUGCACUGAUCUGGCAGCUAGAGGCCUAGACUUGGAGGUUGACCAUGUCAUCAUGUUCGACUUCCCGAAAAACUCUAUUGAUUAUCUCCAUAGAACGGGAAGAACGGCACGAAUGGGAGCCAAAGGGAAAGUUACAAGCCUUGUAGCUAAGAAAGAUGUGCCUUUAGCGGCAAGGAUUGAAGACGCCAUGAAGAAAAAUGAGAGCCUAGAAUCGCUCACAACUAGCAACGUAAGGAGGGAUUCUGCCAACCCUCAAACUCCAAGCACCAAAGGAAGGACCCCAAGGUUGGCGAGGAAUUCAGAGUCUCCAAGGGUUGCUAAUCUGAAGAGUAAAAGGGGAGUGACACUGUCGAGAAGGGCACCAAAGGUUGCCAUCAAGGACACAACUUCUACCAGAAAGCGCUCGUCGACCAACAGCCAGCCUUCUUCGUCCAGGAAGCACUCGCCGGCUAAGAACCCGCCAAAGCCCAGACCAGCAGAGGCCAGGAAUGCCAAGCCGGUGAGAGCUGUUAGCAAGGGUGGCGUGAAGGUCGGGAAGAGCAACAGAGGGAAGCCCGAGGGCCGGAAAGAGGAUGCUCUGAAUAAGGUGGGAAGUAAGCUGAGCGUGGUUGGAUUCAGAGGGCGCAGCACAGGGAAGUCGGCACAGGCUCACUGAUGAGAUUUGAAUCAUGCAACCUGUAAAUAUCUGUGACUUUGUUUCUGCCAUUUUUGCUUGUCGGCUUACAAAUUCACAUUAUUUUUUAUAAAGAGCAGGGGACAAUGGAGAUAUUAACACGGAACAUAUAAUAAAGUUUUGGUCAUGCUUUAUUAUA